UCUCUCUCUAAGCGGCGAAGACUUGCCCAAGUUCAACGCUUCUCUCCCUCUUAGUCCAGUCCCAGCCCUCCCGUUGCACACUUGACUAGCUCCCUCCAGACUUCGAUCGCCACGCCAUGUCUGAUGGAGCAGGAGCGGGGGGUCAUGGCCAUGGGGGCCUCUACGGGGAUCCUGCCGCGGCUGAUCACUUCACCGCCUUCGACCACGACGACUUCUUCUUCCAGAGAACGCCGUACGCCGGGGAAGGCAGCGGCGGCGGCGAUGGGCUGACGACGCCGUACUCAAGCAUCACGGACUACCUGCAGGGCUUCCUGGACCCUGCGGGGCUCGCUGCGCACCUCGACGUGCCGUGCCGGUUGGGCGAUGACGACGCCGUGAAGCAGGAAAUGGAGGUGCGGUUGAUCCGCCAUGACGGCCCGGCGGCCAGUGCGCCGGUCACGCCGAACUCGUCGUCGGUGCUGUCGUCGUCCAGCUGCGAGGCUGGUGGUGCCGACGAGGAGACGCAGCGCCGGUGCAAGAAUAUGCUGGAGGGGGAAGAAGAGGAACAGGAGAUGGAUGCCGAGGGAUCUGCAGCCGAUCGGAACUGCAAGAGGAGCAAAGCUGCAGAGAAGAAGGCGAGGGGCGAGAAGAAGCCGCGGGAGCCCCGCGUGGCGUUCAUGACCAAGAGCGAGGUCGACCACCUCGAGGACGGAUACCGGUGGCGCAAGUACGGCCAGAAGGCCGUCAAGAACAGCUCGUACCCGAGGAGCUACUACCGGUGCACGGCGGCGCGGUGCGGGGUCAAGAAGCGGGUCGAGCGCUCGCACCAGGACCCCUCCACGGUCGUCACCACCUACGAGGGCCAGCACACGCACCCGAGGCCCGCGAGCCUCCUCGUCAGGGGCGGCGCCGGCGGCGGGGCCUACGCGGCGCCGCCGCCGCAGCUUGGGCUUGGCUUCCGCCCAGACCUGCGCGCGAUGAUCGACAGCUACGCUCACGGCACGCGCAUGGCGCCCGGGAGCUUGCUGCUGCCUCGUCCUGCCGGCCUGCCCUCGCCGGCGCCGGGGCUUCUUCAGGAGCACCGCCGCUCUUCUUCGCAUUUGGCGGCUGCGUACGGUGGCGCCGUGCUGGACUUCGUUCCGUCCGCGAUGGGCGAUGGGCAUGCAUGAGCGUUGCUCACUCUUUUUUCCAGGCCGGCGUAUAUAUUUGCCACUUCAGUUAAAUGUUACUACUAAUUAGUUACUGAAAUGAAGUGUUCUUUAUUCUUUUGAGGUGAGGCUCGGUCCCCAUUUGCCGUUUUAUAUCUCUGUCGCUCGAUGGAGUUACUUGAAUGAAGUGUUGCACGAA